GUGGAAGUUACAAUAGGACAGGAAAGGAGAUGUUUUUAUAACAUUUUGUGCAUACAGUCUCUAACUUUCAAAGGGCUUCUGACACAAGAUGCACUUUUAACUCGUUCCCCGUUUUGAUGGUGCACAAUGCAACUUAUGUCUUUUUUCAUCUCCACAAGCGAGGUCACGCUGACAGCCUGCUUUCCAGCAUCCUCGGAGCAUGAGGAGAUGUGCAAAAUCUGUGUGAUUUUUGGGGGGAGGUGCGGGAAGAUGACCCUAGGAGAACGCACCAGGAUCUGAGAAGAGGAGGAAGGAGGAGGAGGAGGAAGGGGCCCCAUCCUGCUGAUAGAGAGCAUCUAUGUAGCCUUUCUAUGCACAGACUGACACCAAUCCUAAUAAGCCAUCACAAACUAUGACUAGGACUUGUUGAACUUACUGCAUCCUGUAAAGUAAAUUAGGCGUUAAAAGCACAUUACAAAAGAUCUAUUAGUUUGAGGGACAUUCACAGACAGGAGUCACGAGUGCAACAUGGAUCUGCCACCCAUCAGAGGGUUGACUGAUGUACCGUGAGCAACAGCGUUGGCCCACAGCCUCAGUGCCGGCUCUCUGACACGGACCCCGCUCACCCCUUUAGGAUGGAGCUAGACGGGAUGGACCUCCAGCAGGUCCCAGUGCUGUCGCUCGACCAAAUCCGUGCCAUUCGGGCCCACAACGACUACGUGGAUCGGCCUGUGGCACUGGAACUGGCGUCCCAAUCUGGAAUUUUCUACGCCCACGAUGAGCACCACCCGCACGGAAUAUACUCCCAGCAUCCCCAGCCUCCCCGCCACUCAGCCAUGUCCCGCAGCCAAAGUCAGCAGCAGCAUGCGCACAUGUCCCACCUCAGCCGUUCCAGUACUAUAAGCUCCUCCAUGUCUCGGACCAGCGCUGGCUCAGACCAGAGGUUGCUGGCGGGGUUGACGUCAUCGCACUCCGGAUUGGCCUCAGUUGUUCGCUCUCAGCCGAAAAGAGAACUCAAGUCCGACACUUCUCUGAGCAAAAUCCUGGCAGACGACGAGCUGGGCCGGCACCAGUUCAUCUGUGAGCGGUGUGCUCGCUGCAAGUGCAAAGAGUGCUGCGCCCCGCGCCGCCUACCCUCCUGCUGGGCCUGUGAACAGCGCUGCCUUUGCUCGGCCGAGAGCGCCGUGGAGUACGGCACCUGCCUUUGCUGCGUCAAAGGCCUCUUCUACCACUGUUCGGCCCAGGACGACGAAGACAACUGCGCCGACCGGCCGUGCUCCUGCUCCCCGGCCCACGCCUUCGCCCGUUGGGGCACCAUGGGGCUGCUGGCGCUGUGCCUGCCCUGCCUCUGCUGCUACCCCCCUGCCAGGCUGUGCCUCGCCCUGUGCCGGUGCGCCCAUGACCGGGCCACACGUCCCGGCUGCAGGUGCAGCAACACCAACACUGUGUGCCGCAAGAUCUCUGCCAUCUCUAAUCCCAACCCAGGCCAUCCCUCCAUUAGCAGUGACAAGGCUGUGGAGAAGUCGCUAUGACAGGCCUGGAUGGGGGUGGCGGGGACGUUCAGAUGAAAUCCCCCUAGCAACAAGACGCCAAACAACUAGUGCUUACCAAUCUUGUAUGACUCCAGCUCAGGAGGGACCAAAGCUUUACUGUGCCUGUUCGCCUUGGAAACUACAAGCUCAACCUGAAGAAGAAGCUGACUGAACUUGUCUUUCAUCUUCUGUCUAAUCCAGAUGUCUAAUGUAUUUAUUUAUUAACGAACCUCCUACCGACCCUUUGCAAUCAAUACACAAACGGUGGACUGAAUUGCAGCAGACUUAAGAGGACGUAGAAGCUUCCGCUGAAGGUUACGAGCGAAGAAACUAUGGACAUUCGCAGCACAUCUCACACCAAAAAGGGACCACGCACUGUCAAUUGAAUCUCAAUGCCAUUAAGCUCAUUUGUAAAGGAAAAAGCACUAUGAGGUAGAUAGACCGUACUGCGCAAAAGUCGGAGGCCGCCGAGACGAAUCAUGGACUUGUGUUCAUUAGCUCGAGGGCUACUUCCCGGCUCAUGGGGUAUGACAAUCACAUGGGUGUGCCAUUAAGGUUCUGCGGUGAGUGGACAAUUCCAUGGAUGCCACGGGGACGUCAAGUUGCACCUUUCUUCCUUGGCUCAUGCACCACCAUUUCUACAAAGUUUCGUUGAAAUGCUUUUUUUGUGUUUGUGCUCUGUUGUGGUGGUCCAAGACUUUUGCGCAGUAUCGUCAAACUGUUCUCUGUUGAACAGCGGGUUAUCCAGUUACAGAGCGGGGAGCAUCCGUCCACGGUGUGUGUGCUAUUGUGUGCGUGUUUGUGUGUGCGUGUUAGCCAGCAUAAAGAAGAAGGAGCCUCCUGUGAUCUUAUUUGCUGCUACAUCUUAGCGAUAGUCUGAUCAGACUGUCGCCAUCCGCCCUCGUAAGACCGACGUCGCCGCCCAGUCACCCGUAACUCCCGAAUCUUCUAUUCAUUCACAGGUUUAUCUUCUAAUCCUUUAAAGCCCACCCAAAACAAAAACAUUUCAAGGUGUAUUAAUCGCCCUCACAAAAGUUGCCCAUCCCUCUUGACUCUUAGGCUGGGAGGGCUAAAAGCCUCCGUUUCCCGGGUCCAUCGAGAGUUGAUCAAACAGGCAAUUAGCUUCGUGAUAGCUCUUAAUGGGCCAGACGAGAACGGGCCGGAGGAGGAAGGAGUUGUGGUGUUUUGGGCGGGCGGAGAGAGGAAGAAGGAGGGAUGAUGGAAGAAAGGGACCAGGCUCGGAUUUCUUAGCCGGACAUGAGGGCAUCAGAUGAGUGCAUGUGUGUGUGUGCAUGUUUUUUGUGAAUGUGUGUUUUUGGAUGCAUGAAGAACACCCGGUGAACCCGAUACGUUCAAUGUUCCUUUGCUAUAUUUUUAUAUGUAAAUAUGCGUUAAAACUAUUUUUUAUCGGGCUUCAUUAUAUGACAACAGUCAGAACACGCACUUAUUUCAGUCCUCUCGGCGAUCAAUGUCAACGUCAGUAGAACAGCUAGCGAUCGACCCGACAACCGCUGUGCAGAUUUAACGUUAAAAGUGGGAACAUAAAGUUCGCGGGAUCACUAAAUGUAGCUCCAAAUGUCUCCGACUUUGGUUCAAUUCAUUCAUUCCAUUCGUUUUUUGGCUCCACAUCCAUUCUUUAGUGUUACAGAACACCGUUCAUGUUAAGACGAGCACUAGAAACCAUCAACUAAAUAUAUGCAGUUCAAUUGUAAUGCAGUCACUGCACGAAAACCACAUGAAGUCCCACCCUAGAGUCAUCCACAAAAAUGAAGACAGAGAAUAUUCAGGAAUCAUUUUAAAGUUUGUUUUGUAGUAUUGUUUUUACAAUACAUUCGAUAUCAAAAACUAUGAAUAAAAACGAGUAUCGGGGCCACUGUGAUUACGUAAAAACGUUUAGCCAUUACGAGAAACAUAGUGUGGUAUUAUUACAAGAAAGCUUGCAAUAUUUUCACAAUGAAGUUGCAGCAGUAAACAAAAAAAGUUGUAACGUGAUGUGAAUCAAGAAGUAGUAUUGCGCAAAAAAAGCUCAUAAUGUUACAAGAAUAGCGGCAUGAAGCUAAGGGAAUGGUGUCUAUAUAUUAGGAUUAAAUGUCGUAAUGUUACCAAAAGUCAUAAUAUCAUCAGAAUAAAGUCUGAGAGAUGCGAGAAUAAAGUCGGAGUGUUACGAGAAUGUAGUUGUGAUAUUUGAAGAAAAAAAAGUUGCAACGUUACGGGAAUAAAAACUUAAUUUUAACAAGCAAAAGCCAAAAUGCGUCAAUUCUUUCUUGUUGUAACGUCAACAUACAUGAACGUUGCAAUGUUACGACUUUAUUCUUAUGAAAUUGUCUUUUUUUCACAUAAAACUCUACAAUUUUUUUUUUUAUAUUUAGACUUGAAGUGUUUUUCUUGUAAUAUUUUAACUUCUAGUGGAUUUGAGAUUUUUUUCCCCUCGUAAUAUUUUGACUUUCCUCACAAUGAGGUAAUAUUUUCACUUAAUUUUUGCUAUCGUACAACUUUAAUGCUAUUAGUAUUCUUUUUCUUUCUUGUGCGGCCGCAGCUUCUUUGCAAAACACAAAGUAAAGUAUGUUCCAGUGCCAGUUUUGUACUGAAUUCACUGGAUUUUUGUCACAAAUCCGACUAAAUUGUAGCGAGAGCACACACUGUGGCCCAUUAUUCUGAACGUUGUCACCCACAACAACAAAGCAGGAAACAUCUGCGGCAGGUUCAUGCAUUCUUUGUAAAAACAUGCGUCAUUUUGGCCAUUUUCAACCAUCAUGCUUAAAAAGACCUUGGUGCUUGGGUUUGGUUUUCAUUGAAAAUGUCAAGUAUUGGUCAAAAUGAUGUGGAUUCAGGUACGUUUUAGCCUGCAUGUGGAAGAUGUGACUGAAAGACGUGUGGGGUUUGCAACACUUGUUCAGUUGCAACCUUUUCAAGCUUCAACUGGCUAACUGUAAUUAUUCCAUCAUUUGUUUGAGAUUUCCUUCCCUCUGGUGAGACUACCAACAUUAGCAGGCUGCCGCCAUAACUACUACACUUCUCCUCCUGCGUCUCUGCAACCAAGCAUCACUUUUGGUACAAAAAAAUCGGCGCCUCUUGUAUGUUGUAGAGGAAAUUUAAGGAGAGUAUAUGGAAUAAAUAUUAUAUAGAAGUCUAUCUAAAAGUGAAUAUAUUAUUAUACAUGAACAAUACGCACAUCUUCUUUCCUGUUUCACUGCAGAGGUUGUGUCAUUUUGUUUGGAUAUUUAUUUACAGGUCAAUCACCACCGAGGUAGAUGGCGCGGAAGAGUAUGAGAUUAAUCAUGAGUUUAAGAGCGUGGUUUGUAUUAGUUUUCAAUUUUUGGUUGUUGUUUUUCUUGCUGUUGGUGCGGCUGCUGCCGCCCUCCAGGCUAAAGAUCCAAUAAA